CAAUAGGAAAUGCAUGUUUUUCAUCUCGAGGACUAUUGGCAUAUUAAGAUGCAGCACAGGAAGCAGCUCUGUUGUGUUAGUGAAAGAGAUCCAUCUCCCCAGACCAGGGUUGUUCUGCUCUUCUGCUGAACAAACACUGCACCAAGCCAGUCUUCAAGAAUUUGGCCUACAUUGAGGACGCAAUAUGAUAUCUGUGGAAAAACUACAUUUUGCUUUUCUUUUGUUUACUGGUCCACUGAAUCCACUGCUGCUUGUAGGAUGUGACAAAAUUAGACUGGUCGGGCCCUCGCGUUGCGCUGGCAGAGUGGAGAUCUUCCACGAGAACAGCUGGGGAACAGUGUGUGAUGACCACUGGAGCCUUGCCAGUGCUGAUGUGGUGUGUCGAGAGACAAACUGCGGCACCAUCUUGGAAGCUAAAAAGCAUGCCUUCUUUGGAGAAGGAAAAGAUCAUAUCUGGCUGGAUGAUGUCCAGUGUACUGGGCGGGAGUCCUCCAUCCUCAAGUGUCCACAUAAACCAAUCGGGGUGAAUAACUGCGGCCAUGGUGAAGACGCUGGAGUCAUCUGCUCAGAACAUGUGCGGGUUGUCAAUGGAAGCAAUCGAUGUGACGGCAGAGUGGAAGUGUACCACGGCGGCCUCUGGAAACGAGUGUGCAGCAGUGACUGGGGCAAGGAGGAAGCCGACGUGCUGUGCCAAGAGAUUAGCUGUGGCAGUCCUGUGGUUCAGUCCGAAGUGCCAUAUUUUGGAGAGGCACUGGGCCUGUCUGGAAUCAAAACCACCUGUGCUGGAAAUGAGACCUCCCUCUCACAGUGCCUGCUUCAAGACUUCAAAGAAAGCUGUAUUGAUGCUACUGUUGUCUGCAAAAACAGUAGACCCAUACGGCUGAUGAAUGGGACGAAUCGCUGCUCUGGUCGAGUAGAAGUUUUCAAUGAAGGACAGUGGGGAACCGUUUGUGAUGACAGAUGGGGCAUGCCGGAAGCAACUGUUGCAUGCCGAGAGUUGAACUGCGGCAAUGCCCUCUCUGUUAAAUACAAAGCCUUCUUCGGCAGAGGCCAAGAUCAGGUUUGGUUGGAUGAUGUUGAGUGUACUGGUCAUGAGAAAUCCCUUUCCGACUGUCCACAUAAGGGUUUUGGAGAACACGACUGUGACCAUUCUGAAGAUGCCGGUAUCGUAUGCUCAGAGACACUAAAAUUGAUCAAUGGAACUGACAGCUGCUCUGGAAGAGUGGAGGUGUUUCACAAUGGCCACUGGGGGAAAAUUUGCAAUAAUAACUGGGGUCUAGCAGAGGCUACUCUUGUAUGCAAGGAACUCAGUUGUGGAACGCCAAAGAGAUCCAUUCAAGUCUUUGGUUAUGGAGACAGUGGAGUGAGAGGGUAUAUAAGCAGAUGCUCUGGUAAUGUGAGCUCUAUUGCCCAAUGUGGAUUUGAAGAAAGUAUGGGAAGGUGUGACGGUGCUUCUGUCGCAUGCACAGGUACUCCACCUAUUAGGCUUAUCAAUGGCACAGACCGAUGCUCUGGCAGAGUGGAGAUUCUGCAUGAUGGCAUGUGGGGGACAGUGUGUGAUGACGAUUGGGACAUCAGAGAUGCUCAGGUGGUGUGCAAAUCAAUGGACUGUGGAACGGCUCAGACAGCGAAAUCGGCAGCUUUCUUUGGUCAAGGCCAAGGAGACAUCUGGCUGGACGAUGUCAACUGCGUUGGAAAUGAGACGUCCCUUUUGCACUGCAGACGUCCUUCCUUUGGAGAAAAUAACUGUGGUCACGGUGAAGACGCUGGAGUGAUUUGCUCAGCAAACAUUAGACUGAUCAAUGGGACCAACCAGUGCUCAGGCAGGGUGGAGUUUCACCAUGGUGGCCAAUGGUCACCAGCAUACUACCUCAAUUUUGGAAUGAAUGAAGCUACUGUGGUGUGCAGGGAAAUGAAUUGUGGAGAUCCCGUCAAGGUCUCGACAUCAUUUGGUCAAAGUGAAGAUCUCAGAGGUUACAAGGUCAGCUGCAGCGGUAGAGAGAUGUCUCUCACACAGUGCACACUGAGAGAUUAUGCCAGGACCAGGAGCGAUCAUGUUGAAGAGGCAUCUGUUGAAUGUUCAGGAACUGUGAAGUUGAAUGGCGGGCCCCAUCGCUGUGUUGGAAGAGUGGAGUUUUUCGACAAAGGCCAGUGGGGGACUGUCUGUGGUGAAACCUGGGACCUCAACGAUGCAUCGGUGGUGUGCAAACAGCUGAACUGUGGGAGGGCUCAUAAGAUUACCACAAUGUCUGAGUAUGGCCUUGGUUCGGGACAAACAUGGAUUGAGCAAAUUGAAUGCAGCGGCAUUGAGUCUACACUCAACCAGUGCCCCCAGAGACCAUUUAGAGACAGAACAUGCAACACAUCUGCAAUUGCUGGUGUUGUGUGCACAGGAAGCUUGGAGGUCCGGCUGGCUAAUGGGAAGGAUGAGUGCUCUGGAAGAGUAGAGGUUCGUCAGGGUGAAACAUGGCAAACAGUGUGUGAUGCAGACUGGACACAAAGUAAAGCCGAGGUGGUGUGUGGAUUACUGGAGUGUGGAAAUGCCUUGAAUGCCCCUGGUGGUGCUCAUUUCGGCCAGGGAAGCGGGUCAGUGGUGGAGGCGAGCGUUUCGUGUUUUGACAACAUGACGUCUCUACAACAAUGCUCAAUGAAAGGUUUCAGAGCAUCAACCUGUGGACAUGAACAUGAUGCUGGAGCUCUUUGUGCAGCACAGCUGCGGUUGGUCAGCGGCUCAAGUCAAUGCUCUGGCAGAGUGGAGGUCUUCUACAAAGGCCAGUGGGGUACUGUGUGUGAUGACGACUGGCAGAUGAGCAGUGCGGAUGUGGUGUGUAAACAGCUGGGAUGUGGCCAUGCCGUCUCCGCUCCCACAAGCGCUCAUUUCGGGAGAGGCUCGGGUCCGAUAUGGCUGGACAACGUGGACUGUUCGGGCCAAGAGACUGCUCUCACACACUGCCCUCAUAAUGGUUUUGGCCAAAAUAACUGUGGACACGGCGAAGAUGCAGGUGUUAUUUGUUUAGGUGCUCUACAGAAGCCUCAGAUCUCUAUAACUCCUGGUGUAGAGGUCAAUUGGGGAGACAAAGUUGAAAUCACCUGCACUGUGGUAACAGAACACCUUGGUGGGACAUUUGUCCUGAAAAAGACCCAAGGGUCAUUUCAAAUGGAGAAAUUCUCUGAGCAUGAAGCUGCAACUUUCGUCUUCCCUAAAGCUGACUUCGAUCUCAGGGGGUCUUACUAUUGUGAAUAUCAUAAGAAACUGCCCGAUCAAGUUAUAUACUAUCCACAAGGAAAUACUGCAGAUGUCAGUGUCUUAAUAAACCUAGAGAAGCCCAGCAUCUCCCUGAUGUCCCCUCAUGCAAUGGUGAUCUACAGUCCUGACAAAAUAUCAGUCCCCAAAGGCAGCACCUUAACCAUCACUUGCUCCACCCAUUCCAGAUACCCUGAUGGUGUCUUCUAUCUGACAGAGCUUAAGACGAACGUUACCAAACAGCAACAGUCGUUUGGUCACACCAUCUUCUACAUGGCAUACUUUGAAUUCCCUGAAAUAGAUUCUGAACAACAAGGAGAGUAUGUUUGUAUCUAUAGUGUUAACGUCUCCUCAACGCCCUUCUGCUCCACCCCAUCAAAGUCACUACAAGUCACUAUAACCACGACGUCUUCCAGUUCAGUCGUGGCAGGUGUUGUGUGUGUACUAGUGGUGGUGCUAGUCCUAUCGGUUAUUGGUUACUUGGUCUGGAGAAAAAAAUGGCGAGGUGCUGGUGUCAUGGUCCAGUUUAGCAACCGGCUAGAAGGAACAUUAAAACAAGAUCGGGAUGAAAGAAGCAAUGGGGCACUUGAUCAAAGGGAACGCACUAACCAGGUCUAUGAGCUUGGACAAAACAGUCGCAGACUGGAAGAGAAGAACCCCAACGUGGAUUCUGAGAACAAUGUUGAGAAAACCCCUGAAGACCUGGCAGGAAGAGUGUGUUAUGAACUCGAACCUCUUGUUGAUUCGCUAUGAGAAAUGACGCAGAGAGUAACAUCAGUCAUGGGAUUUUACCAGUUCAAAAGCAGCUUCUGGAUUAUUAUUGUUCAUGUUUUUGCAAAAACAAACAAACAAACAAAAAAAAUAUUUGUCUUCCUGACAGCCUAUAAUCAUUAGGGAAUGGUGUUUUCUUUCUUCUUCUUUUCAUUUUUACAAAUAAUUCGGGUUUUUUAUCCUUUUUGAUGAAUGUUUUUUUUUUCGAUUGCUUUAAUAGAAUGCUUUUAGAGGUUAAAAUGUAAUUUCCAGAAACACAAAUACAUGCAAUACCACAUGAUUCCAAACUUGUAACACAUAUUUUCAUGUGUAUUGCUAUAAUAGUUUUUUUUUUUUUUUUUUUAACUCUCAUGAAAGAUUUUGUCAAUCACAGAGCAGUUUCAAUGAUCUGUAAAAUGCUGGUGAUUAUAGAUGGCCACCUAUACAAGACAUUGUCUUUGUAUUGUAAGAUAAUUUAGUGCAUGUGACUGCUGAUCAAUAAAGAUGUAUUUCUACUACA